AUGUCCGGUCUCAAGAAAACGGUUUUGAUCACUGGGUGUUCCGACGGAGGCCUCGGCGCAGCAUUAGCUGAAGCAUUCCACCGCGCCGGCCUUCACGUCAUUGCUACCGCGCGAAACCCGGCCAAGAUGGAGCAACUCAAAGCGCUGGGCAUUGAAACUCUCACUUUAGACGUCCUGUCCGACGAAUCCAUCAAGGAGGCUGUCAGCAAGGUGCCUACUUUGGACAUCCUGGUCAAUAAUGCAGGCGCUGGCUACAGCUUGCCCAUCUCGGACAUCUCGAUUCUCGAGGCCAAAAAGCUGUUUGAUCUCAACGUAUGGUCAUACCUAGCGGUCACCCAAGCCUUCCUUCCACUACUGCUCAAAUCCAAGGGAGUUGUCGUCCACAACACCUCGAUCGCAUCAGUCAUUGCAGUGCCCUUCCAAGGCACAUACCAUGCAUCCAAGGCCGCCAUGGCGAGCUUCGCCGACGCGCAGCGCCUCGAGCUAGCACCCUAUGGCGUCCGCGUCGUCGAUCUCAAAACCGGCGCUGUCAAGACCAACUUUUUCGCAAACAACACCUCCGCCGGAGAUGACGGCCGUCCGCGACUCCCUGAGGGAUCACUGUACGAGCCGAUCAAGGAAACCGUGGAGAAGACGCUUAACGGAGCCGAUUUCGAGCCUCACAUGGCCGACCGACACACAUGGGCAAGGGGCGUGGUCUCGGAUCUAGUCAAGUCCUCACCACCCUCUCAAGUCUGGCGCGGUGGCACGGCGACCAUUGGUUACCUAAGUUUCUUGUUCCCACGCUUCAUUACCGAUUUCGUUCUCAAAUCGCAGACCGGCUUGAAUCGACUUGCGAAAAUCGUUUCCAAGCGCUAG